UUGCCGAAUUCCCCCGUCGUCGCCCAUGAACCAGAGGGCGGCUGCGGCGGCGGCGGCGGCGGCUCUGAUGCUCGCCGGAGACGAGAGCAGGUUCAUUGCGGCCGGCGAGGAUCGACCGGAGAGCGAGUUCGGGAUGGUGAACCCUGCGUCGAGGCAGAUUUAUCUCACUUUUCCUGCUGAUAGCACUUUCAGAGAAGAGGAUGUCUCCAAUUUUUUUAGUAUUUAUGGGCCAGUUCAGGAUGUGAGGAUCCCUUAUCAGCAAAAGAGAAUGUUUGGGUUUGUGACUUUUGUGUAUCCUGAGACUGUGAAGUUGAUCUUGGCAAAGGGGAACCCUCAUUUUGUUUGUGAUGCUAGAGUUUUGGUGAAGCCUUAUAAAGAGAAAGGAAAAGUCCCCGACAAGUACAGAAAGCAGCAGCAGGGUGAAAGAGGGGAUUUUUCUGGGUGUACUACUCCUACUGGUUUAGAUUCCAGAGACCCAUUUGAUCUUGGAGCGAGAUUUAUGUACAACAAUGCAAACAGCAGUCAAGAAAUCCUUUUAAGGAGAAAACUGGAAGAGGAGCAGCAAGCAUUCGAGCUGCAGCAAGCAAUAGAAAUGCAAGGGAGGAGGUUUAUGGGCCUGCAGCUGCUAGAUUUCAAGAACAGAAGCCCAGCCAUUUCAAGCCCAACAACAAUCACAACUGCCCCUUCUAAUGACAGGAGCUCUGAAGAAUCUCCAACUGAAGACAAGAGCCCAAGUUUUGUUUCCUCUGGUGGAGAGCAGCAGCAGCUGAAGGCAGUCAAUGCAGCUGAUGAUAAGGAGGAAUCUGGUAGCCCCAAUGAAGAUAGUGAUUUCCAAGAAAGCGUGGAGCAUAAUUUGCCUGAUAGUCCUUUUGCAUCACCGACCAAAGCUUCUUCCUUAUUUGCUGGGGAUCCAUUCUCCGCUGCUUCGGCUUUCUCUUCAGUUCCAGCUCACAGCAACGGCAAUGGCAACGGCAAUGCCAGCAACCUUGUUCCCUCCACUCUUGAUGUAGCUUCCUUCAAGUCUUGCUUCUUCCAAACACCAAGGUUGUCAUCUGAUCAUGGAGCUGUUGGACUGUAAAGAGUGAUGCUAGCCUUCUCAAUUUCUAGAAAGAAAGAAAAGAAUGAAAGAAGAAAGUUUAAAAGGUAGGAAGAAAGGAGAAAUUGUAGCUAUACCCCCCUUAGGCUUAUAGUAGUUCUUUUUUACCCCCCUCAAUAUCUAAUGUCUAGCCAUAGAGAAGCCCCUGUUGUCAUAUAAGAAAGAAAGGAAGGAAGAAGUGCAUAUUUUCUUCUUGACUCUAUAUAAGUGAAUAUUUUACCAAGUUACUAGAAGUAUUAAUAUUGUUACUAGUUAUUACUAGCUAGGUACUAUUAUUAGGGACCGACCUGCCAACAACCAGCAAGAUACAGAAACUUGAAAGGAGUGAAUGCGAGAGAGGACAGAGGAAAAGGCCAAAGAUUUCCGACUGAAAAGGGAAGAUGAGCCGAGGGUAGGGACCACUCUUUGAGAAGAAGAUGAGGGCUCAUGACGAUGAUGAUGAUGAUGAUGAUGUAUAAAUACAAGUACUAUAAAUUCUCUCACAUGUGUACACUGUUUAUUUCUCUAUUGUAGGAGGUGACAAAAGUUUAAAGGAAGAAAUGAAACUAGAAAGAAGUGAUAUUGCAUUCUC